AUGGCUUCGUCUUCAACGAACCCGCCCGCUGCCCCGGACCCCUUCGAUCUGGGGAUCCACACUCCCGCUAAUCUGAACCGAGGAGCCCGUGCAAUCCUCCUGCGAGACAGCCCCGCGGUCGUGAACACCCCCAUUGGUGUUUCACAUGGACCCGAGCGGACGGCUCAG